GUCGAUUUUUGUUCCAUAGAUCGACUACGCUGUGUGGCAACGAUGGUUUCAUUGCUAUAGACCGUACCAUGGGUUUGCGAUCCAUGCAUUAGUCUAUUGCUCAACUAGCUGAGCCAAGAAAUGUCGGAUUUAUCUGAUGAAGACAAAAAACGAGUUGCUGCUUUGUUCAAAGAGCUAGACAUCGACAAAGAUGGCAGGGUUAGCGUAUCCGAGCUGGCCAAAGUCGUUCGCGGCGAACACGAGCCUUCAGGUCGAGAAGUGACGGCUAAACGCAUAAUUGACAAGAGUUCUGUCAACCAGUCCGAUAAGACACACCUCACUUUCAAUGAAUUUUUGACAUACAUCCGCGACACUGAGACACAGCUGAGAUUGGCCUUCAAACAACUGGAUCGUAAUAAGGACAAUACAGUUGAUGCCGAGGAAAUUCAAGCGGCGUUACAUGAGCUAGGAGUUCGAAUUAGGCUAGAAGACGCUCAGCAUCUUCUGCGGCGCAUGGAUAAGGAUGGAUCACUGAAGAUUGACUAUGACGAGUGGCGGGAUUUUCUGUUGUUCAGUGGAACUUCCGAUAUUGAUGAAAUCUUUCGGUAUUGGCGGAGGGCUUCUGCUAUCGAUAUUGGGGAGGAUAUGCUCGUCCCAGAUGACUUUACAAAAGAAGAGAAGAAGUCGGGCGAGGCAUGGAAGACGUUGGUUGCUGGAGGUUUUGCUGGAUGCAUUUCUCGGACGGCUACUGCUCCACUAGACCGAAUCAAACUAACCUGGCAGGCAGCGGGCACCAAAGCUGCUCAAGUCGGUUUGGUCGGGACACUGACUCGCAUGGUUAAAGAGGGUGGUGUUGGUUCGUUGUGGCGUGGAAACGGGGUUAACUGUAUCAAGAUUGCCCCGGAAUCUGCCAUCAAAUUUCAAGCCUACGAACUGUACAAACAAUGGCUAGGGCCUCGUUUCGGGGACAGCGAAGAUGGCCCAGUGACUCUGAAGACUAAAUUUGUGUCAGGUGCAUUUGCUGGUGCAACCGCACAAACGAUCAUAUACCCCAUGGAGGUUCUCAAAACUCGCAUGUGUUUGCGUAAAAGUGGUCAGUAUUCGUCCAUCUUUGAUUGUGCACGCAAACUUUAUCACGAACAAGGAUGGCGUACUUUCUACAGAGGUUAUGUACCAAAUAUGCUAGGUAUAUUGCCGUACGCGGGAAUCGAGUUGGCAAUGUUCGAAACUUUCAAGCAGAUAUACGUGAAACUAACCACCGCAGAAAAUGAGAAACCGAGGUCUCCAUCAGUCUACGUCUCUGUCACUGCUGGUGCGCUGUCUUCCGUGUGUGGUCAGCUAGGGACGUACCCGUUGGCGCUUGUACGUACCAAAUUGCAAGCACAAACGUCCAGUGCGCACAAGGUCGGUUUCAUCAAACUGUUCGGGAACAUUGUCAAGCACGAAGGAUUCACUGGUCUGUUCCGUGGCCUUGGACCUAACAUGUUGAAGGUGAUACCUGCCGUGAGCGUUUCGUACGCAUGCUAUGACGAAAUCCGAAAGCUGCUUCAUAUCAACAAGUAGCGCACCCGCUGGAUUCCGACCUUACUGUAACAAGUAUUUUCUUGCAGAUAGUGGGGCUGUGGACUGUCAGUCAAGGGUACGAAGCCGAUUUGCGGAACGCACAUGCAGGUCGUCUGUAUCUGACUUGAGCCACAACACACAAUUCUUGUCUGUAAAUAUACUAAUCUCAUUUCUCACCAGUAUCUGACAGAAAAUAAAGAAACUUGUUUGUAAUCAAUUCUGAG